UCAACAUUGUGCUCGUGGCCCAAACACGUUGUGCUGGAACCGAACCAUGAGCUCGAUUUGGAUUCUGUUUAUACUAGUGAUUGUGCUUAAUGUGUUCGUUAUGCGGGUAUAUACUAUGCCCAAAAGAAGAACGCAAGAAAUGAACGCUGAACAGUUCUUUCUUCAACUGUCGCCCCUGUUCCCCAAGCUGAGUUUCGCUGAGACCGAGUGUAUUUCCACUGAAAAUCAUCUAGGACAAUGCGUGGGUUAUCCGGAGUGCAAAGGUCCCUCCCUUAUCAGAGAGGGUCGAUGUUCUGAUGGUUUUGGUGUAUGUUGUAUGUGUCUAGUACUGAUAAAUCAAGAACGUUCAUAAAGUCACCCUCGAAGAGAGCGCAUCCGCCCACUGAUCUAGGCGAGAUGGAAUAUAUAGACAUUGAUCUCCCCACGAAUGCGCUAGGGGUUAAUUUUGCGAACCCCGAUUAUCCGUUACGAACUAAACAACCUUACUGGUCUAGUGAUGUCAUGAUUCCUCGUGAGGUCUGUCAGGUACGACUAGACUUCGAACAGCUUGAUCUCCCGCUUACGACAGUGUUCAAGGUCAAACUUAAUGGAGUCGUCGUGGCGCCACCAUUAACCGGAAACAAUUCAGGUCAACACUUAAUCGUCAACGUUGUCACCGCAAUUACGCGGCCAGCUCGUCUUGAACUUAGCGUCUCUGGGGCCCCUGUGCCAACUUCGUGGAGCGUUUGGCUUCAGCAUAACUACUGCUUUUCGCCAGCACUUGCACCAGAGGGGUGUAUGCAGUAUAACUCAAUGUUAUCUGGCCGAGUCCGUUCCUUAAGCGUCUUGUCGACGGAGCCCACCCUGUACGCAGUAUGCCUUCGAGCGCCGAAACCCACCGCUAACCUCAUCAGCCUUCGAACCCUGCCAGACAAAACGAUCAAGUCAUGCAGUAGCUUCAUGCAGGUUCCGGCCGGCAUGUCUCUCGAUGGUAAAGAAAUCCCGACAAAAGUAUGUCCACGAGACGCUGUUAGGCUAACAUAUAAAGUGUUUGGUCCGCUAGUGCUAUACAUGAUGACGUCCUCAGGCCAGCAUGGUAUUGACGUCCAAUACAACCUGUGAUAGUUUUACAUCUUCGACGCGUCGAGACCUUUCGACAUUGUGAGGAGAAUCGAACUUGUGCAAUAUUAAUCCCUGUUCAAGGCACCACUCGAGGUUAAAGCGUCCAACAAGUAACGCAGUGCUACCCAGUGUUGCACGGGAUACUCCUAAACCAGGUGGCCUUGUAUAAGUUCGCCACCAUAGACUAGCUGAACUUACCCAUAGAAGCAAUUGGAUGUACAUAUGAUGAAACGACAACUCAUAAUUUCUUUCUCCGCCCGCGCUAUACCUAUGGUAAAAAAUAUACGAGUUAAAAUGAAAACAUUCUAGUGACUAUUUGCUAACGUUUGACUUCGAAAACUCGGCUCAUCCUUCAGCCGAUUAUGAAUUGUCCGUUGUGAUUGAUCGAAAAUAGACCAGAGUGAGCUAUUACUUUUCGAGGCUACUGCAAUUUGCCCAAGUUAUAUGAGUUCACUUGUUGGAUGAUUUAGGUUUAAAGAGAUCUGCGUUAGUUUUUUUAUGAGCACAGAAUAAGUCUAUAUACAAAUUUUGAAAAUCUAGUUUUCUAGGUCGAUGAUACGAAGUUACCUUUUGAGCAUUCGGUGCCUCAUACUAUUGUGUGGUGACCUUACCUAAUAUCACCCUACGAGGCGAUCAUUCGCAGCUGAUGUGGAGGCUGAACGACUAAUUACACGUAUUGAAAUAAUUUUGAGCUUUCCAUUUCAAACAUGUAUAUAUAAUACUUACUGUACCAUUUAAUAUUAUAUAUAUGUGAUGACCUUUCUGUAGUCGUAUAACAUAUAGCUGCGCCACAUGACUCUAGCUACGAUGUGUUGCUAAACGCUGUUUGUACCGCAAAUAUCCUGUGAUAGGUAGACGUAUCGGGAAGUGAAGCGAUGGGCCUAUGCAUAAGAUCGAAUAAUUUGGUGAAACGCCUGUCAUAACCUAGUGUUGUAUACCCAUGUGCCUUUGGUGACAAUAAAUAUUUAUACAGUUUUCGAUGCAAUUAGUAUACGUUUUCUGUCUACUCAAUCCGAGUACGUACUCGGUGGUUAUGCGAAAGUCUAAAAAUGAGACUAACGAAAAAUCCGUUUCUGUAGGUAUAUGCAUGGCGAACUCGAUCUAGCUAGUUAGAAAAAUAAUGGAUCAGUUCCCGUAGUAAUUAACAAGU